AUAUUUAGUCUCUUAUUGUAGUCUGCGACUGAUAUUAUUUUAGAAUAUGAUACUUUCGUGUUCUUGGAGCUAGUGAUACUAUUAAUAUGUAGAUAUGUAAGAUAUGGUGUUAAUUAAUGCAGUGUGAAACGUUUCCAUUUGAACCAAUGGCAUAAUGACCCUGACGAAAAAUUUCACCAGACUUUCUCAAGCUCUCGGUGACAGUUUACAGGAACUUAAUCCAAAAAAAUUGUUGUGCUAUCUUGAAACAAAUGAAAGGCUUCCCGCAAGGAGUUGGAUAGAAGCAAACUUCCAGAAACGGGAAUGUUGCAAAUUUAUUCAGGAUCCCAAAGAUGAACUCAGGUGUUGUUGUGGUCGUCUAGCGACAUCACAUACUGUUUCGUCGGAUCAAGAUGUACCUACUGUUGGUGAAAUAUGGCAGCCAUCAAAACAUACUAGACCCCUACCUACAGACGCUUAUGGUACCAUAGAAUUCCAAGGGGGGCCACAUCCUACCAAAGCUCAGUCUAUAUAAUACCUCGUUAAAAAAAAAAANUACGACACCAGGCCUGAGUUGUUAUUCCAAUUAUUUACGAGGGAAUGGAAUUUAGAACUCCCAAAGCUUCUGAUCACAGUUCAGGGUGGCAAAGCUAACUUUGAAUUACAAACCAAGCUCAAGAAGGUUCUACGAAAAGGACUGUUAAAAGCUGCCAAAACUACAGGAGCUUGGAUCUUUACUGGAGGCACAAACACAGGUGUUACUCGUCAAGUGGGCGAUGCCUUACUUACAGAAAGAUCUCAACGAAGUGGAAGGGUGGUUUCGUUGGGUAUCGCCCCUUGGGGAAUAGUUGAAAACAAUCAUGAACUUAUCGGUCUCAAUCGCGAUGUCCCAUUUCACUCUAUAUCAUCACCGAGGUCUAAAUUUGCAGCCCUCAAUAGCAGACAUGCAUAUUUUUUAUUGGUAGACAAUGGAACACAAGGAAAAUAUGGAGCAGAAAUAGUUCUUAGAAGAAAAUUAGAAAAAUUUAUUUCAAACCAAAGGCUUCACCCGUAUACUCAUAGUAGUACACCAGUGGUUUGUCUAGUCAUCGAAGGAGGUACAAAUACCAUAAGAGCUGUGUUGGAAUAUGUAACGGACAAUCCUCCUGUACCUGUAGUAGUUUGUGACGGGUCAGGUCGAGCUGCUGACCUAAUUGCUUUUGUUCACAAAUACGUCUCUGAUUCUGAUACCGGAGAGCAGCCAGUUUUGGAAAGUAUGAAAGACUAUUUAAUUAGCACAAUCCAAAGAACUUUCGAGGUGGGACUUGAACAAGCUGAACGUUUAUAUAAUGAACUAUUACAGUGUACAAGAAAAAGAAAUUUGAUAACAGUAUUCAGAAUAUCCGAGAAAUCAGAAGGCCAAAUGCAAGAACUGGAUCAGACAAUAUUGACCGCUCUAUUUAAAUCGCAGCAUUUAACCCCAUCCGAACAGCUCAGUUUAGCUUUAACAUGGAAUCGAGUUGACAUUGCUCAGUCCGAAAUAUUCGUUUACGGUCAAGAAUGGCCCGCUGGUGCCCUCGAAGAGGCCAUGAUGCAGGCCCUAGAACACGAUAGAAUAGACUUUGUUAAGUUGCUGUUAGAAAACGGAGUUAGUAUGCGUAAAUUCUUGACAAUACCGAGACUCGAAGAACUUUACAACACCAAACAAGGUCCUAGCAAUACUUUAGGUUAUAUUUUACGGGACGUUAGACCCCAUAUACCGAGAGGAUACGUUUAUACCCUUCACGAUAUAGGUCUAGUUAUUAAUAAAUUAAUGGGUGGUGCUUACAGAGCUUUUUACACUCGAAGAAAAUUUCGUCCAAUAUACGCGAAAGUCAUGAACAAAACGCCACACAUUCACAGAAAUUCCACCUCUUUCGUAAGAUAUUAUGGUAAUGCAAUGAGCCUGUUGGCUGAAGCUCUACCACACAGUCAGAAUUUAUGCCUGUUUGACUACCCCUUCAAUGAACUAUUAAUUUGGGCUGUGCUAAUGAAACGCCAGAAAAUGGCGCUCCUCAUGUGGCAACACGGAGAAGAAGCUUUGGCAAAGGCUCUAGUCGCUUGUAAAUUGUAUAAAGCGAUGGCCCACGAAGCAGCCGAAGACGACAUGGAGACGGAAGUUUAUGAAGAAUUAAGAAGUUACGCUAAGGAAUUCGAAAAUAUUGCCUUGGAGCUUUUGGAUUUUUGCUACAGAGAAGAUGAUGAUCAAGCGGAGCAACUAUUGACCUGUGAACUCCAAAACUGGUCCGGUCAAACCUGUCUUAGUUUGGCAGUGGCAGCGAACCACAGGGCUCUUCUUGCCCACCCAUGUUCUCAAGUAAUUUUAGCAGAUCUGUGGAUGGGCGGCCUAAGAACCCGGAAAAAUACAAACUUAAAGGUUAUAUUAAGCCUUCUGUUUCCACCCCACAUAUUCAAUUUAGAAUUCAAGUCAAAAGAGGAAUUACAACUUAUGCCUCAAACCGAAGAGGAACAUUUGGAGCUUGAAAAUGAUGACGAUGAUAAAUCCGAAUCGGACAAAAUAGCAGAUGCUGAGGCUUUAUUGCGUGAUACUAUUGUCCACGAAAAUGGUAAGGUGUUGCCUGAAAUUGAUACAUUUUGCUAUUUCGGAAUAGAUGAUAAAUAUGCUUAUCCAGAGAAAACAAGGACGAGACCUCUAAAAGUUCGAAAGAAGUUGUACGAAUUUUAUACUGCACCGAUAACAAAAUUUUGGACACACUCUAUUGCAUACAUCUUAUUCCUGAUGAUAUUUAGUUUCACCGUUCUCGUAAAAAUGGAAUCAUUGCCCUCUUGGCAAGAAUUUUUCACAAUAGCAUUUAUAUGCGGAAUGGGCUGCGAAAAAGUUCGUGAAAUAUUGUCAACCGAGCCUAGAGGUUUAAGUCAAAAAUUAAAAGUAUGGAGUUGGAAUAUGUGGAACCCCUGCGACGCUGCUGCUAUUCUAAUAUUUCUUGCCGGACUGUCAUUAAGACUGCAUGCAGAAACUUUUAAAAUAGGUAGAGUUAUAUACUGCAUAGAUAUUAUCUAUUGGUACCUUCGAAUUCUCAACAUACUGGGUGUCAACAAAUAUUUGGGACCACUCGUAACUAUGAUGGGUAAAAUGGUUAAAAACAUGAUUUAUUUUGUAGUUCUUUUACUAGUUGUACUCAUGAGUUUUGGAGUUUGUAGACAGGCCAUUUUGUAUCCUGACAGUGAACCAAAUUGGAAAAUAGCUCGAGAUGUGUUUUUGGAGCCGUAUUUUAUGUUAUACGGUGAAGUGUAUGCCGACAAAAUAGAUCCUCCUUGCGGGGGCGAUGACGAACCUCCUUGUCAUACAGGUAGAUGGAUAACGCCCGCUGUCAUGAGCAUGUACCUCCUCGUCGCAAAUAUUCUCCUCAUCAACCUUCUCAUUGCUGUAUUUAAUAAUAUAUUUAUGGAAGUGAACGCAAUAUCUCAUCAAGUGUGGAUGUUUCAAAGGUUCACGGUCGUCAUGGAAUACGAACAGAAGCCCAUACUACCCCCGCCGCUUAUUCUUUUGUGCCACUUAUAUUUACUAUUCAAGUACUUCAAGAGAAAGCUGAAAGGAAUUAGAGAAACCUACGACAAUGGACUGAAACUGUUUCUUGAAAAAGAAGAAAUGGAAAAUCUGUAUGAUUUUGAGGAAGAAUGUGUCGAAGGCUAUUUUGCAGAAAAAGAAUUGAAACUUAUGCAAUCCAUGGAAGAAAGGGUGAAGGGAACACUGGAGAAAGUGGACAACAUUACGCAGAAAGUGGAAGACAUCAACACGAAAGAAAUCAGUCAAACAUCAGCCAUGCAAAAUGUGGAAUUUCGACUAAGAAAAGUUGAAGAAACGUCCCAAGACAUUUUGUCACAUUUAGCCGUCAUUCACAGAUUUAUGGCCACAAGAAGUUCUGAAGAAUUGCCACCAAUAGACGGAGACGAAAGAGUUAGAAAAAUCAGUGAGCGUUCUGAUGCGCCUUCAGAAGAAUUUAUUCAACCAGCCAGAAAAAAACCAAUUCGAUCGCUUACAGAGUACCGACCUGAUCCUUAUGAUUUCGAAAUCACUCUGAACACAAUGCAACAAGGGGAACAGCCAGAAAUUGCAGACCAUAUUUCAACGGCUGGCAGUCAAAAUUUAAAUGAACUUGAUAAUCGAAUUGGUUCUAAACUAUCACUUCAAACGGCUGAUCAAGCUGAAGAAGAUUUGUCAGUGGAUGAGGUAGCAUCACUCACGAUGGAAGCAAAUAAACUGCGAAACUUAACACGUAGUAGAAAAGAUUCAAGAAUAAAUUCCGAAUAUGGAAACGGCGAAGAGUCAUUGUACAGCAGUAAACCAAGUCUAAGUCGUCGUCAAAUUUCACAAACACAGUCUGAACCCGAUAAUACAGAACAUGUAUCUACAGUGGGUUUUCCAGCCAGAGCUGUUACUGUAGAACGAAGUGUGACAUUUGCAGAACCGAAAAUUAAAGUAAUUCCACCAUCUGGACAACAGUCUAAUCCACGGUCGAUGCUUAUAGCGAUGCAUGCUGAGUACACGAGUAUAACAGACGAAUUGGAAACGGUCUGUGGACUUCUCAGUCCCCCAAUAACUCCCAAUUUACUAUCACCGCCAAGACCUGGAGAUGCCGGACCAUCAGGACAAGCCUCAAGGAAACGUCAUGCAUCAGAGAUGUCGAACCCAGAGAUCGCCCUAUAUAUAGAAAAAGAACACCUCCGUGACGCUGAAGAGAGCGACUAUAUGUUAAUGGAAAAUUUGAUCCAACGGCGCUACGAAGAAUACGAGGACAUCAACGAUGGUAAUUUCUUAAAGGUUAUCAACGAAUCGGUUGAUGGUAAAUACGGGCUAAGAAUGUUACGAAGAGCUAGUGCCGUGGAAUAUGAUCCAUCCGUUUGUGCCGACAAAGACAAUCAAGAGGGGAAUUUGCCCUCUACUUCCGAGAAGAAAGACUUAACUGAAGACAUCACUGGCAUAUCGGAUGAUAUAACGCCACUUCUUAAAGAACCGACAUCAUCCAAAAUUACAAAUGCACCACCUCAACUUAUUGUUCAAGAACAUCCAAGUAUCGACGUAAUGAAGAAAGGAAGCAAUGAAAGUUUGCACAUGCCUUCUGAAACCAUGUGUUAACAUCUUAGUACUUUAUUAAUUAACUACAGUACGUUGUUAAUUAAAAAUACCGCCUGGUAAAUUGUAACUUAAAUAAGUGUAGCAUUUUUUUGAAAUAUUUACUCAAAAUAGCAAUAAUUUCCUUACAUACUAAAUUUCACUAUGAAGUCUGUUUUUUAUCAGGCAUAGUUUUAAAACUAAAUAAUGUACAGGGCAAUUCUUUUCAUUUAUUAAAAAAAUAAUAUAAAUAUUUUACAUCAGAAUCGUAACUAGCUGUUUAAAAAAAAUGUAAUAGAGCAUUUGAUCAAUCGCUUCGAAAGUAAAAAUGUUCUUGUUUCUAACUCAGGGGCCAUAGAGCACUGCCCGUUUGCACCAUGAUAGAUGAAAGGCCGAUAAGUAUUCUUCUGAUAAUUAAAAUAUAAGUAUUAUACAAAAUAAAAGAGAAAAGAAAACCCCUGUACAUAAGAAGCAACAUUUUAAUAGCAAUAAUUAGUAUUGUCUGUCAAGUAGUUGCUUGAAAAUUUAUUUCCUUUUACUAAACUUGUUAUUGGUGACAAUACUUAUAAAAAAAAGCAAAAUUUGUACUAUUUAAUUAACUGUUAUAAUAUCUUAAAUCAGUUACUUGCUUUAUGCAUUGUGGGAUUCUAAAACGUACUUAAUAAUAAGAGAACACUCCAUUUAUUCCACUAUUUACAUUUAUAUUAUAAUAGUCUUAAAUACCUUAUUAUGUAGAAAAUCGCUCGAUAAACAGCAUCACAAUUGUAUAAAUGUUCGGUGUUGUGAUAACUGUAAAAAAUUAAUUUUAUUCACAGUCUUCUAUACAUGCAGGGCUUCACAGUAAAUAUGCUCAACUAAAAGGGAUUUCGGAUCAGCCAUCUAUUUUAUUCCACAAUUAAAAAAAAAAAAUUAUAGUAUUAGAUAUGAUUAAUAACUUAGAAAGUUUUGAACAAAAAUUUUAUAUUUUAAUUAAUCUGU